CGAUCUGACCACGUCACGGUGCAACUUCCAACCGCGCGUCCCCGGAGAGUCCGGGAACGGAGCCCAGGAAAAACUACAACUCCCAGGAGCGUCGGGCGGGCCGGCCGGGAACCAGCAGAGGAAACUACAACUCCCAGGAGGCGUCGGGCGUGCCGGCGCGGGGCGGUGACGUCGCGGGGGCCGGCGCGGAGCGCUGAUUCGGCCGGAGCUGCCAGCGGGGAGGCUGCCGCCGCGGGUUGUUACAGCUGCUGGAGCAGCAGCGGAGCCCGCUCCCGGGAACCGUUCCCGGGCCCUCGAUAUCCGGCCCCGCACGUGGAGAGGGGCAGCAGGAUGAAUGUGGGCACAGCGCACAGCGAGGUGAACCCCAACACGCGGGUGAUGAACAGCCGCGGCAUCUGGCUCUCCUACGUGCUGGCCAUCGGUCUCCUCCACGUUGUGCUGCUGAGCAUCCCCUUCGUGAGUGUGCCUGUCGUCUGGACCCUCACCAACCUCAUCCACAACAUGGGCAUGUAUAUCUUCCUGCACACGGUGAAGGGGACACCCUUUGAGACCCCGGACCAGGGCAAGGCGAGGCUGCUAACCCACUGGGAGCAGAUGGACUAUGGGGUCCAGUUCACAGCCUCUCGGAAGUUCCUGACCAUCACACCCAUCGUGUUGUACUUCCUCACCAGCUUCUACACUAAGUACGACCAGAUCCAUUUCGUCCUCAACACUGUGUCUCUGAUGAGCGUGCUCAUCCCCAAGCUGCCCCAGCUCCACGGAGUCCGGAUUUUUGGAAUCAAUAAGUACUGAGGGUGCAGCCCCUUCCCCUGCCCAGGGUGGCAGGGGAGGGGUAGGGUAAAAGGCAUGUGCUGCGACACUGAAGACAGAAAGAAGAAGCCUCUGGACACUGCCAGAGAUGGGGGUUGAGCCUCUGGGCCUAGUUUCCCCCCUGGCUUCCCCCAGUAGCCAACUUGGAGUAGCUUGUAGUGGGGUUGGGGUAGGCCCCCCGGGCUCUGACUUUUUCUGAAGUUUUUGAUCUUUUCCUUUUGCUUUUUGAAUAGAGACUCCAUGGAGGUGGUCAUGGAAUGGGCUUGGCUCCUGGGCUGAACAUGGACCACGCAGUUGGGACAGGAGGCCAGGGGAAAACCCCCUGCUCACUUGUUUGCCCUCAGGCAGCCAAAGCACUUUAACCCCUGUGAAGGGAGCAGAGGGCGGUACGGCUUCUGGAUUGUGUCACUGUGAUUCCUAGGUUUUUUCGAUGACACGCAGUGUGUGCUUUUGUGUAUGGAAGCAAGUGUGGGAUGGGGCCUUGCCCUUCUGGGUAGAGAGCUGUCUGAUCCAAGUCUCAGGCUUUUGGCAGCUUCCCUGCAGCGCACCCGGGGCCCUGGGUGGGAGUGGGGAGCGUCAGGUGGGGGGAGAUGGGGUGGAGUGUGGAUGGCUUGGUCCCAGAGGUGAGGGGCCAGGAUUGCUGCCAUCCUGGCCUGGUGGAGGUUGGGGAACUGUAGGGGGUUAAUGAGUCGAGACUUAGAAGAAUGGGGCCACAUAGCAGCAGAGGACUGGUGUAAGGGAGGGAGGGGUAGGGACACAAGCUAGACCCAGUCUCCUUUGGGAUGUGGGCAGGGAGGGAAGCAGGCUUGGAGGGUUGAUUUACCCACAGAAUGUGAUAGUAAUAGGGGAGGGAGGCUGCUGUGGGCUUAACUCCUGGGUUGGCUGUUGGGUGGACAGGUGGGGAAAAGGCCCAUGAGUCGUUGUAAGCACAGGUCCAACUUGGCCCUGACUCCCGCAGGGGUACGGGGAAGCUGCGACAGAAACAAUGGAUGCUGUGGUCCUCUGCAGGCCCUCACCCCUUAGCUUCCUCAUGCAGACUGGCACUGGGCAGGGCCUCUUAUGUGGCAGGCACAUGUGGCGCUGUGAGGCCACCCCACGUGGGGUCGGUGGUGAGAGUCCUGUAGGAUCCCUGCUCAAGCAGCGCAGAGGAAGGAGCAAGGCGUGGCCUGUAGGCACUGUCUCAGCCUGCAGAGAAGAAAGUGAGGGCGGGAGCCUGAGCCUGGGCCGGGGCCUCCUCCCUCCCCAGUUCGACUAGGGACAGUGUUAAUUUUGAAAAGGCGUGGGUCCCUGUGUCCUCUUCCAGGGGCCUGAGGGAGCAGGAGAGGUCACUGGGCCUGUUUUCUGCCUCCUGGCCCUGCAUCUCCCACCCCAUGUAUCAUAGGGAACUUUCACCUUAAAAUCUUUCUAAGCAAAGUGUGAAUAGGAUUUUUACUCCCUUUGUACAGUAUUCUGAGAAACGCAAAUAAAAGGGCAACAUGUUCCUGUU